AUGCGCACCGCCAUCGUGCAGCACUUCCGCCAAGAACCAACGGACAACACGAUGGCCCACCCCGACCACACCCUUACCAGCAUCGGUCAAGUGCAAUGUCGCCGACCGCCUGCGGGAGCGCGAUGCACUUGCGCUGUUCCGUCAAGUGCUGGCCCAGUUUGCCCCACAAUUGCAACUCAGCGACGGCCUCUUGCGCUUUCUGAUUGCGGCGGAGGAACAGGCAAUCUACCGCCCCCGACUGGCCGAUGGGGCGUUGGAGACCUUGCAGGAGUUGCGCCAGCGUGGGCUACGCCUCGGCCUCUGCUCCAACUAUUUCGGCUUGCCCGAAGCUGCCCGCGCCAAUGUCUAUCGCCUCGGCCUGCUUGA